UAAACUCUUUUUUUUUGUUAAAAAAAAGGGAAAAAAGAAAAGGCAAGAACAAUAAAGUUAGUUGGCCUGUAAUAGAUUUUAUACUAAUUAGAUGCUUAUAGUUUCUCUUCCUCCUCUUCUUCUUCUUCUUCUUCACCAUCACAAGUCACUACUCUCCCUGUCCACAAAUUCACCCAAAUUCAAAUUCCAUAUUCCAUUCUCCGUAAAAUCAAUAAAAAGCUCCUUUUUUUUUUAUAAGAAGAAACCCUCUGGAUCUGCGUCUAGUUCGCAAUCUCUCUUUUUAAGCUUGUCUGUAAGUUUUGGUUAAGUUGCUUUGACAUGGAAGUCAAGAAAUUCAAAGUGGCUUUUUUAUGAGCAAUUGAGGCGUCUGUAUAUAAGAUUUUUGAAGCAUAAUUAUACGUUAUCAUGUCUGAUCGCAUAGUUCAAUCAGAUCAUGAUAAGGAUAAUGUUCCUGACAAGUCUAUGAAGCCUUUCCAAUCUGCUUGGAUGUCUCACUGGACACACUCGCGUUACAGGCCAAUCGAUGAUGCUCAAAACCAGUUAUCACUUCCUUCUGAGUCUGGGAAAAAUACUCAGAGAUGUAAGCGUCAAAAUUCACUUGGUGAGACGGAGUUUGAAACAGGUAACUCUAAGUUUGUGAAAGAAUUUAGAGAAAUGCACAAUGUCAUUAUGAAUGAGUGUUCGACCACAGGUUUGAGAAAAUUGAGACACGAAACAUCAUCCAAAGGCCAGCAGUUUCCCAUGUUUAAAUCUUCUCACAAUAGAGAUGGGAUUGUACCAAUGAAGAAUGGUGAGUCCUCUAGUCCUCAAGAAGGACUCGUAAGUUCACAAAUGGAUCCUAGUUCUCGCUGUGAUGUUUCUCUAGGUCAAAUUGACAAGUGUUUACUCCCAAUGCAUGAGUCAGCUCCUUCCAAAAGAGAAACUCAAACAUUAGAAACUCACUUUGAGCAUGAAGGCAUUACGUCAAAUCUAAAUCAACAGGUUAAGUCAAAUAAAUUGCUUGAAGAUCAUAAAUUUUUUAUAUCAGAAUCUCUUAAGGAUGAGUUUUUGGGCUCAACUUCUGGGAUUGUUCCAUCAAAAUUUAAUAGUGGAAGGACCCCGAUCGAGCCUUUUUUUCCCAGGCAGGAUUUCAUCAAUCAACCAAACAGUAUAUCUUUGGUUCAUGAGAGGAAAAUAAAUAACAAUGCAACUCUUUUGACAGAUGACCCCUCAACAAGUAAUAAUCGGCUUAGAAACUUUCUUGGUGAACAAGUGCAGAAGAUGCCUAAUCAUUCUGAUAUUAAAUUGUUUGAUCGCCAGGUCAGGCUCCCAGAUGCAAGGUUAUAUCAUGGAUCUUAUGAACUGCCAACCAUUCCCCCUUCUGUACAAGAUGUGGAAACAAUGAAGAUGUGUACCACUAUAGGCUCUUUAGAAGAGUAUACCAUAUGUCCUCCAAAGUUUUCUCAAACUACUCACCACUUCUUGAUCACAAAAAAGACUGAUGUGAACUUGUUUGAUGGAGGUCAAACAUUCAGAGGGUCCACAAUAUCCACCAAAUUUAAGGGAAAACGACCAAGUGGGCUCCUCACCUUAUCUCCAGAUCUUGCUUUCAAUGUUAAGCAAGGAGUGAAGCUGCAAUCUCUGGACAGCUCUACAGAUAGUGAAGCAAAAGAAAAUAUAGAGAAUAUUCAUACUUCUGCAGUUAAUUUAAAGAAUGAAUCAUCAGCUGAAACUGAUACCAUGGACAUGGAUACUCUCCGGGUGAACCAUCUCUCUGGCGGGGUUUCAUCUAUCCCGAACAAGGACAUCAAUGGGGCUCAGAAGUCACAGAAAUCAGAAGCUGCAAUAGAUUCAGUCAGAGAAGGGAAUAGAGGCAGACUGCCAAAUAUAGAGUUACCCGACAUUAACCAGGAAGUGACAGCAAUCCCAGGAGUGACAAGUUCAGCAGAUGAUGGGGAGGCCAGCACCUCGAGAACCCAGAGCUUAAAUGUGGAACAAUUCCUUUCCCAUGUGGAAGAUCCCACAAACUCAAUAUCUAGUGCUUCUGUUGAUAUUCAACUGGGAUUAGAUCCAUACAGCCGAUGGGUUAAACGUCUCAAACCAAGCUCUUCAGAUUCUUUCGCUCAUGGUACUAAGAGCUUAAAAAUGGCAGAAGCCUCUUCCCAUGAGAAAGUUAAUAAGUUGUUUAGUAAAAUACUAAACCAUAGCAAAACUAGUUCAGAACCAAAGAUGAAUAAAUCUCAUGGUAAACAGCAUAUGGUGGUUGAUCAGACUUCAGAUUUACUGAGGAAUAUUGAAGCCUCCUCCGCUGUUCCAGUGAGGAAAAUUCAAGAGGCAACACUUUCACAUGCUUGGAUCCGAAGGUGGUGUCAUAACCAAGCUGCACUUUCAAAAGCAAAGCCAGAAGGUGGGGUGGUUUGUGAACCUCAGAAUUCAACAGCAAACCAAGACAACUUCCAGAAGAAGCAGUUUCCAAGCCUUGCUGCUAUGGCUUUGAUGGGGAAAGCCAUGAACGGUUUUCACCCAUGCAAAUUCAGGAAAAUGGGAUCAUUUAUAGUUUGGAAUAACAAAGGAUUGAAAUAAGUUAAUUCUGACUGGAAGAGUAAACCAAGCAGUUCUUUGUUCAGUGCCUGAUAAUAUUUCAGCAGGUAGGAGAAAUCUGUGGCCGUCAAUCACCUACCAGUUCAGUGGAGAGCUUGUGAGGUGCAUAUAGCCUGAAUGUUGCUCUGGUAUGCACCACCAUCCUAAAUUUGCUCCUGUUUUUUUCUUUUCUUUUUUUUUUUUCUUCUUUUUCUCCCCCUUUUUCCUUCCUAUGGAUAAUAUCCGUAAAUAGGUCAUAUGCGAAAGAUUUGGCAGAGGCCCUGUUUGUUGGAGUCUGAAAGGGGUAACAUAAGCCUCUAUCAUUUGAUAUUGUAAGUUUGAUAGCAUUUAGAAAUGUUGCUAGAGCGCCCAUUCCUACCCUCUAUGUUUACUGCAAGAUAACUUGAGUAAUAUCUGGGAUGGGAAGACAAAAAUAAAAGUGUAAAGAGGAUAGGUGUGUUUGCUUCUUUAUAAAGCAUAGAAUUAUUGCUUACGUCUAGACUCAUAUAAUACAUUUACAUUAGAAAUACCUUAUCAGAAAAUAUUGCAGAUAACGUUACUAGGAUGCAAUAGUGUGAAACUUGCACUCAGAUGAACUUCAUACUUUCAACAUGUGAUCUUUAAUUAUGAAUUUUUGUGGAUUAAACUUGUUAUGCUGAAAAUGAUCAGAGAACAAUCCAAGUGCUUCAACUGGACAGUGGAAAUCCAUGUUGGUUGUCCUAUAAUACGUGAAGAGGGAAUUGUCUAGAUUUGUGGCUUCACAUUAUUUAAUAGGUGAAAAAUGGAGGGACGUCCAACACAACAAGAUGAGAAAAAGAAUGGACCAUGAGAAAGUGGAGCAAUUUCCUUUCAAUAUUUUAUCUAACAUUGUUUGAGUUUAUCUCUGAUUUCUUCAAAGAGGUGAGACAGCUUCUACUCCCACAACUUCUUAUUGAUUCCCUAUUACAUUGUUGUGCUCUUUCUAACAGUGUGGUUCGACCUCUAUAUCAGCAUCCAUUGCCUCUGUUCUUUUAUUUUUUUUGUUUAAUCAGAAUUUUGAUUGUGUUCUGGAAAGAUAACUAAUUUGAGAUUACUAAAGCGUGCGCACAUUGACCAAGUUUUGUUGCAUGCCUAGAAACGAGUGAAUGUUUACUUGACACUUUAUUUAUUUAUUAUUUAAAUUGAUGUCUUGAUUGCCAGGACAGGGUCCUACUAAACCUUCUGCCAAAUCUAUAAACAUCAGUCAAACGAAA